UUAAUUGUAAUGGAAAUUAAAAAAUAUAUUUACUUGAAAAUUUUAUAAAUUGAGAAAUGGCGCAAUGACAUUCAAGAUUUCCCAGAAUGCUCUUCGCCUGAUUUCAGGUGAUUGCAGAUGUCUUCGUCUUUGUUUUCUUAUUGAGAUUUCGUUUUUUUUUAAUUUUAGGUACAACUCUUUUAUUAUAUUAACUUUUUUAAGGGACCCUUUGUUUGUUUACAAAGUAUAAAAGCCACCUUAGGCCUCGGUGUUGAAGGAAAUUAUUUUGACAACUUAAGAACAUAGUACAAUAAAGUGGAACUGUAAUCAUGAUUCAUAAUACAAGACACAGAAUUGAGUUUUUUUUAUGACUCUGGAAGUGAAACUAUAUUCAUCAUCUCUUAAAUCCUGGGAAACCAUCAUUCUGAAAGCUGUGUUUUCAAGAGUAUUGAUAUUCAAGAAGCUGACAGAGUACAUCUCUGUUUUAGAAACUUAGCAAUGCAGAUGUGGUCUGUGACUUCUGUUGUCAAAGGCCAUGCCGAGCAUUUUAAAACAAUACUGUUGGGCCGUGUUUUUCACGAAGAGGAAGCUGUGAUUAACAAAAAGUUGCCUAAAGAAUUACUGUUACGAAUAUUUUCGUAUUUAGAUGUUGUUUCACUUUGCCGGUGUGCACAGGUUUCAAAAACAUGGAAUGUUCUUGCCCUUGAUGGUUCUAAUUGGCAGAGGAUUGAUCUUUUUAACUUUCAAACUGAUGUAGAGGGUUCAGUGAUUGAAAAUUUAUCUCGACGUUGUGGUGGUUUUCUCCGAAAGUUAAGCUUGCGGGGUUGUCAGUCAGUUGAAGAUAGUUCAAUGCGAACUUUGGCUGGAUAUUGUAUUAAUGUAGAAGACCUUAAUCUCAAUGGUUGUAAGAAUAUUACAGAUGCUACAUGUCAAUCAUUGGCCAGGCACUGUAAAAAAUUAUCACGACUGGAUCUGGGUUCGUGUUCCAAGGUGACAGAUUUCUCGCUAAAGACUCUUGCCGACGGAACUCCAAAUCUUACAAAUAUAAAUAUAUCAUGGUGUGAAGCUGUCACUGAAAACGGAGUUGAGGCCCUAGCAAGAGGCUGUCCUAAACUGAAGUCUUUUGUCUCCAAAGGAUGUCUUCAGAUAACGGACAAAGCAAUUUCUUGCCUAGCUCAGUACUGCCCUCUUCUUGAAGUAGUCAAUCUACAUGGCUGUGUUAGUGUUGAAGAUAGUGGUGUUUCAAAAUUGGCCUUAUGUUGCCCCGGCUUGCACAAUGUAUGCUUAUCUGGCUGUGUCCGCUUGACUGAUGCCUCACUAGUAGCGCUGGCUCAGCAUUGCCAUUCUCUUUCCACCCUGGAAGUCGCAGGAUGUGCUCAGUUCACUGAUACAGGAUUUCAAGCUCUCGCUAGGAACUGUCGUCUAUUAGAAAAAAUGGAUUUGGAAGAAUGUGUCCUUAUUACUGAUCAAACUCUUAUUCACCUCGCAAUGGGUUGUCCACGUCUUGAAAAACUGAGUCUAUCUCAUUGUGAACUGAUUACCGAUGAUGGCAUUCGGUCCCUGGGAACAUCCCCGUGUUCAGCCGAACACCUAACUGUUCUUGAAUUGGAUAAUUGUCCUCUCAUCACGGAUACAUCUCUCGAACACCUCAUCACCUGCCAUAACCUACAGCGUGUAGAACUAUAUGAUUGUCAACUCAUAACGAGGGCUGGUAUUAGAAGGCUUAGGAAUCAUCUACCUAACAUACGUGUACAUGCUUAUUUCGCACCAGUCACACCUCCCCCAAACACCAGCGGAUCAAGGCAACGAUAUUGCCGGUGUUGUGCCAUUCUUUGAACUCAGCUAUAUAUAGCCAUAAUACUGACUUGCAGUUUAUUGUUUGUAUAUAUCACUUUGUGUAUAUAUAGUGGGUAAGAAAAGCAGAGGUUUCAUAUUGUUAUUAAUUUUUAACAAGGUCAUUUUUUUUAGUACGUAUUUCGAAAAAUAUAAUUUUGCCAACUUUAUUAGUUAAUUAUCAAGUACUCGAAGUUGGUUGGGGAUGUGGUCAUAAAUGAAAUUACAUGCAAAUAAGAAGUCUUAUUUGUGUGGUGACUCUUCAAUCUAAGUUAAAAAAAAAAAACUCAAAAAAAUGAGGUAAAAUAUAUAAGAAGAAAAUGAUUGAUCAGGAAAAAAAAUUAUAAUAAUUACAAUAAGUAAUAUAACAAGUAAUAAGUAAUAUAAUAAUUACAAAAUAUAUUAACGUAAAAUAUGAUAAAUCAAAAAAGAUUUAUAUAAUAAAUAAAGAUAAAAAUAUAAAUAAUAAUGAUACUUUACUCUUACGUAUUCAUUCAUCUUGCUAUAUCAUAAUUUUUCAUUCAUACCUCAUUUAAUUUAAUUUUUCAUUAUUUACACCUACAUGUUUUGUUUAUCAUUAGCAUUUUCAGACUGAUGAAGACCUAAAACUUAGGCUAAAAAUGCAAAAAAUAAAAUAAGACUUCUUUGUGUGUAAUUGUUUGUUACUUUUACUUCACCCCCAACCAACUUCUACUCAUCAAUCUACUGCAACAAUAUUUCCAUCAUUAUGGUUAACUAUUGAGUUAGGUAUUAUUUCAGUUUAAAAUUGUGCGGUCUUGCAUAUAUUUGUUUAGUUAUUUUAUUAUUAUUAUUUAGUCAGUUAAUAAAGUUUUUUUUAUAUGUGUAUAAUUAAAGCCGACUCUUGCAAACCUACAGUCCCCCGUCAUGUUCAACUUCGUGUACAUAUUUUAAAAUCAGGUUAAAGUUGAUUUAUGACGUCACAAUAUUUUUAUCAUAAUUAUUUAAAAAAUGAAGUUUUUAAUCAUUUAUUCAUUUUGUUACAUCUAGUGUUAAUGGAUUCAUAAUUUGGGUCGAGUAAGAAUGGUUAAAGAUAAUUUUGAUGUACAUAGUUUCGAAAUUUACUUUUACUGGCUAUGCUUAUUGCUGUUUAAAUUUCAAAGGCUGAUUAGUUAACAAUAUUUUUAUAUUGUACACAUUGAGACACCAUUAAAUGUUGUUGUUCACACUCUUAGUGUUAAAAAUACUAAAGUUGAUAGUAAUAAAAUAUGUGAUGUUAUAGAGAUUUAUUGCACAUAAUUAUAGUUUUAUAAAAUUUAUAAUAAUUUUUUUUCACAUUCAAUCAUCAAUGUAGGAAACAAUUGUUGUAUAAUAUUUUAUUUGUGAUAAAGAAUGAUGUCUUGCAAAAUAUGUCGAGUGCAAUUCUAUACUUAUACCAAAGGUAUAUAUUUUUGUUCAGUUGUUUUUUUGUGCAUUUUAUUUUAAAGUUAAAAUAUUGAUAAUUGGUAUGUUUUUUUUUAAUGUUUCCUACAUUUUAUUUUAUAAAUUUUGAUAUUAAAACAUCUAGAUAUUAAAGUUUAUUUUAAAGAACAUAAUCUGUUAACAAUGUUUGGUUAAGAGGCUUGAUGCCUCAUAAAGUUUAUCAUAUUAAUAAAUUAUAAAUUUAAUUAUUUGAUGUUGAAUGAAAUGCUAAUACAAAAUGUAAUUUGUAUUCCACUUAAAUUAUUUGUUUCUCACCCUUAAGAAUUAUAAAUAAUGUAACAUUGCUAAAAGAAAAAAAAAAAGCCAUAGGUCAAUAAAGAAAAAAUGUUCAUUGCAUUUUCACAAGCAAAAUGAUAGUUUUAAGACUGAUUUAUUUUUAAUUAUUAUUCUUGUUAUUUCAUGUUUUUAAAGAAAAAUAAAUAAAUAUUUUUACCUGUUA